GAGAAAAAGUGUGACACCAAUCAGGCCAUCAAGGACUGGAGUUGCCACCCCUGGUCUAGGGUGUCAGGUAAGUUGGAAGUGAUGUGAUCCUUAACUAACCUCUCAAAGCACUUCAUAGUGGCAGAAGGGGGUGAUAGUCAUUUAGUUCAGUUACCUCUGCUUUCUUGGGUACAAGAACAAUCGUGGACAACUUGAAGCAAGGGGGAACAGCAGACUGGGAUAGGGAAAGAUUGAAUAUGUCUUUAAACACUCCAGCCACCUGGUCUGCACACGCUCUGAGGGGGGCUAGAGAUGCCCCGACACCAUGUUCAUUCAUCUCCUAUUCACACUGCACAUAGCAAUGUACAAAUGCUAUAACUUUAAUAAUAACAUCAUCAACCACCUACUCAAAUAAGUCACUCUCUGGACAUGAGUGUUUCAUUCAGGGUAGGGGGUAGGUGUGUGUGGGCCGGAAUCAAAGGGUUUCGACUUAUUGUUCGUGUCUGAAAAGGAGCUAAUGGUCGGCCAUCGCUACUCAAGGACUAAAAGCCGCGGGGUGCCCCCGGGCCAAGUCGCACAAUGACACCCCCACUCCUCCCGCGGCGCGUCUUCCUGCCACAAUCUGAAGCAAACGACUCGCUAUGGGGGUGCGUAUCUGUAUCGGUGCGACGGCCAUCCACUCUUUUCAAUACACCCAUCAAGGCUAGUAUAAAUUCGACUGGAUGCUUUUAGUUGUUUUAGUAAUUUCCCCUGCGUUGUCCUGAUUUUACAUGGGCAAAAAUUGGUUUCUGUAUGUACAAUUGAGCGUAAAGUUGUCACUUCAGAAAAGUUAAACCAUUAUGUGCAUCAUUCGUUGAGUUAAUUGUCUAUUUUGAAAUGUCAUAAGACUGCUUUUAAUUUCUAGACUUACUGACCCUUUCACAUGUAUUUCUGAAACAGGAGUCCUUCUCAGUUUACUGAUAUCCAUGUAAUUAGGCUACAGCGCCAUCAUAUUAUAGGCAUUGUCUCUCGGCCAAAAGGAUGGUCCAAACAUUGUGAAAUAUGACAAAACAUGAACCUAAUUCUUUAUUGGUUAACUUCACUAAUGAUUGUGGGUCACAUGAGGCCAAUGUGUUUUGUGUAAGUCUAAACCUCAAUGGAAAUGCAUUGAGUCGGUUAUAAUUUCCAUUUAACAAAUUGAAAGAUUUUUCCCACAAACAUUUUUUUUACAUUUUAAAAUCGAACAAUUAGCCAGAAAAUUCAGCAAGCGAAAAUAUGGGUCCAUGCUAUUACAUUUUGAUCGAAUGGGAUCUCACUUACUCGAUAAUUAUUUUUGCACAAAAUUGGCUUUUUAGGCUAUGAAAAAUAAUCUUUAUAUAACCUAUUGCUUUAUAGUGUAAUAUAAAAUGGAUAAGUUGAGCAUGAUCAGCAAGGUUGCCCAAAUGUUGUUACAUUAAAUGUUAUUGUUGAUUUAAACACAAUUUUACCUAUACUUUCUUGGCCUAUAGGCCAACAUUUUAUAAUGAGUGAUAGUCAAAAUAUGUAAUUCUGGUCUGUAUUUAAAUACAUCUGCUUGCAUGUAGGCUAUCCCAAAUCACUUUUAAUAUCGAGCUAGUUAAGGUUAAACAAUGUCCACACAACGCUACAUGCAUAUUAGAUACUUUGGCUACGUCACUGAAUAUGUAUUUACUACUUCGUCACGAAGGCUAAAUAUAUUAAAUGGAUCAACAUUGAAGUCGUGAAUUAACUUUACUAGAUAAUUUCCUUUAAUUGCUCACAGGAUUUUUGCAUACACACCUGAGCUUGUGUUAUUUAAAUUUUCUCAGGAAGACGAAUAUUUAGUAUCAAUUUUUUUCAGUCAAGUUUUCAAGGGGAAAGCACGCGCACUAGCUUACCUGUUAUCUCAUGGUCAGUGUUAUCAGGGAUCUUUGGGACGUCCCUACACUAAACUUUAACCCCUACCCUUAACCUAACCUUAAACAACCCUUACCUAACCAUUUACAUUUCAACUUCAGUGGGGGGUAGGGACGUCCCAAUGAUCCCGGAUAGCAUAGACCGUUAUCUCGCCGUGAAGGGGAAAAAAAAUCAAGUUCGUUCGCAAAUUCACAAUCAGAUGUGUUUGAUUGUCUCUCUCGGCCAAUGGGAGGCGAGGCAAUUAACAUCCCAACACCGAUUGAUAAAAAAAACUGUGGAGCUGGGGUGUUGUGAGACGGCCAUUUGAAGGUGAAGUAGGUGGUGAACUCGAGCCUCAAUGGACUACAGUUGAUGGGUAUCUCGUACACAGGCUUCUAUUUCUGUACAGGUUUGUUUCCACACAGCGUGAAGAGAAACUUUCGGGAUUGAUUUUCACCCUUUAAGGGAUUGCUCAAAGAACGCUGGCGUUUGGACAUUUUCUUGCCGCCCUCAAGUGUUCAGGACAGGCCGUUCAGAAACGAUGUUCUAUCUUGCGUAAUGGGUAUAUAGACGGUAUAGACUGCAAGCGUGUCAUUGACUAUAACCAAGUGCCUGAACCACAUUGUCUGAGAUUCAAAUCAAGGAGAAUGUCGGAGCGAUCUCAGAGCCCUCUUUCGGAUUGCAACAGCCGGCCGGAUGACUUCAGCCGACCCAUGUACGCCCAGGCCUUGAGUCAAGAAGCGUUUGGAGGCACGUCGCUCCAGAUCCCUCACGGCGUUCUACAGCACCACAGUCUUCUAUUCAACAAGACUGCAUACAAUGGGUUGCCUCCAACACCUCAAACCUUUUUCCAAUUCCCACCAGUCGGUGGUGACUAUAGGGCCUCCGAUUUACAAACCGGUGACUUUUGCCAACCCAAACACUGGUAUCCCAUCGCCGCUCCCGAAUACACCGGCCAAGUACCGAGGGUUGCAGUGACUACGCAGGCCACAAACCUGAGCCCACCCAUUGCCGAAGCCAGGGACCAAAUCAAAAUGCCUGAUAUAAAGAUUGAGAAGGAUGUCAAUGACGAGUAUGAGGUAAAGAUUCAACAGUAUCCAACUCCGUCGUCCGCUGUGCCUCACGGGGUUUACUACUCGACCCCAUGGAACCCCUCGUUUUGGCCCGGCCUUCCCCACAUCACUGCUGAGAGUUCCAAUAUUCAAAACCUCAACUCCAUACCCUCAACAUCGUCUUCAACAUCCCCAUCGCUCUCGCCGUCACCCCCCAGCAAUGGGUUACCCGGGAUCACGUUCAACGGGAGCGCAAGCCAAGGUGCCCAAGCGCCCCAGGCGCAAACCCAAAGCAAUGGAUCCUCCAGCGCCAGCGGUGGGUGCAGCGACUCGGAGGAAGAGGAGAACCCUUCAACUGAGGAGCUGGAACAGUUCGCCAAGGAGCUGAAGCACACGCGUAUUACACUGGGUUUCACACAAGCAGAUGUAGGAAUGGCUCUAGGCAACCUUUAUGGCAAGAUGUUCAGCCAGACUACAAUCUGUCGUUUCGAAGCCCUCCAGCUCAGCUUCAAGAAUAUGUGCAAGCUGAAGCCCCUGCUUCGGAGAUGGCUGAAUGAGGCUGAGACCUCUGACAACCCCCAGGAUAUGUACAAGAUCGAGCGGGUGUUUGUGGACACCAGGAAGAGGAAGCGGCGGACCAGUCUGGAGGGUUCGGUGCGCACGGCUCUAGAGUCCUACUUUGUCAAGUGCCCCAAGCCCAACACCCAGGACAUCACACACAUUGCAGAUGACCUGUGUCUGGAGAGAGAUGUGGUGCGUGUGUGGUUCUGUAACCGCAGACAGAAGGGCAAGCGCCUGGCCCUCCCUUUCGACGAGGAGUGUGAAGAACAGUACUACGAGCAGAGUCCACCUCCCCCACAUAUGACCCAAUCCCCCCUCCCUGGGCAGGGGUACCACCUAUCCAGCCACACCGGGGCCCCCACUUUCUACAUGCCCCCCCUCCAGAGGCCAGAAGUCUUUAAGCAGGCCCCGCACCCUGGACUGGUGGGUCACCUGACCAGCUAAAUGUGUUCCAGUUCUCUAAACCAGCUCUGGCCAUAUGGCCUCCCAUUCCCACCCAACAUACAGUGGGGAGAACAAGUAUUUGAUACACUGCCGAUUUUUGCAGGCUUUCCUACUUACAAAGCAUGUAGAGGCCUGUCAUUUUUAUCAUAGGGAC